AUGGAGACAGUUUUUACUACGAUCGUAUGUUUGACACUUCUUCUCGGGCCAACAUUUGUCGUGUUUUCUCUCGUGGAAAAUAACACUUGCACUUUUCAAAUGUUAUCAUUGCAAACAAGUAACACAGUUUUAAUAGCAAAUACAAAUAUAACAUAUGGUUUAUUACUUGUGAAAUCUGUAAACGUAGAGAAAUGGUUAGAGAAUAUAAAACGUGAUUGGAAUCAUAUACAAGACAAAGAAGAAUUUAAAACAUAUGUAGGAAUGGGAAAUCGUUAUAUAAAUAUUUAUUUAAGUAAGAAGUAA